CAGAAAAAUCCCUCCGUGAGCAAACGUAGGAAGGAAGAAGGGGUAUGGCGACAAUGAUUGAGGAAAAUGGUCCUUCGAGUCAUGAGCAGCCUGAAGUGUCCUCAUCCUCCCAGGCCAGGCAGAAACUGGAGGGGCUCCUGAACAAGAACAUGAGGAUCCGCAUGACGGACGGACGGACUCUGGUGGGGCUGUUCCUCUGCACAGACCGGGACUGCAACGUCAUCCUCGGCUCGGCUCAGGAAUUCCUCAAAUCCACAGACACGUUCUCCCAGGGGGAACCCAGAGUCCUGGGCCUGGCCAUGAUCCCCGGUCACCACGUGGUAUCCAUCGAGGUGGAGGCAGACAGUCUGGAUGACACACAAGGAUUUGGAGCGAACCACUGACGAAGCCCUGCCUGUCUGGACGACUCUCAGCUCAUUCAUGUGACUGACUCUCAUCGAGCCAGAUGUUGAGGCUGCAGCUGAGCCCAGAGGACAUCGGACAUCUUGGCUGGAGGAUUUUUAACCGGUUGCUCUGCGUCUACAGACACACAACCCCUGUGCCAGUAUUCUGGGUUUAACCAGGUCCCUCCAUGCUUGAAGGAGCGUCCAUUCGCAGUGACAGCUGUACAGCACAGCGUUUGUGUGUGACAAGUUGUGGGCAAACAGCAGCUACCUGGAUGUGUGUGGAAAUGGUGUUUCAGUGCCGUGUAUGGUAAAAGUCUUUGUUACGACAUGUUUUAAAAUAAAUGGCUGUAUUUGAGGCAUUG